AUAUCAUGGAACCCUGGGGAUUGUAGUCCACCGUGGGCGUCACUCUGUCACCAGCGUGUAAUGGGUUCCAUAGAGUAGGGAACUUCAACGCUUGGUGUUGCAGACAGUGGUUGUAGAACUACAACUCUCAUAAUGUUGUCACUUGUAGUUGAACUAUCACUGGAAGGCCGCUGGACUGGGUCACUAAAAACACAUCGGACGCGGACGUGCAAUAUGGCAGUACUUUUGCGCAACUCGACCCAUAAACGCGUUAUGUUACACACUGGCCAAUUUUUAGCUAUGUGCAUGUUAUACUUCGCUUUUUGUAAGAGUAUCAGUGGUAAUAUGGGUGCAGCGCGUACUCCCUGCCGCUGUGGCGCUAGAGUCCAAGGCCAGUGCCUCGCUCAGAUACUCUAUGGUAUGUGCGCCGGAAGCACGAGCAGAGUUUAGAUACAGAGGCGGAGUUGUGGCGCAGGCAUUGUAUCACAGGAGUACCGCUAAAAGUAGGGAUGAAGAGCUUGUGAUUGUAGUCCUGCAAAACAGAGCCUUCCUCCAAUAAAUAUGGAUAAUAUAUUGAACCCUGAAGAUAAUGUGUCACAGACAAACACUGAAACAGAUGUUACAGAUGGACCCUUCCAAUAUGUUAAAGAAGAACAUUCAAGUCAUAAAUUUACAGCGAGCGGACAGAAUCUCGAUUCGCCACCAAAAAAUAAAAAAUCACCACUAAAAAGGAAAGCUGGUGAACCAGAAUCUCCAUCAAAGAGACCUCGUUUAGAGGAAGGCCAUGGCUCUUUAGUUGUAACACAUUACAAUGAACUUCCGGAGACCGGAUUAGAAACUCGUAGCCAGUCUCGUAUAUUUCAUCUGCGAAAUUUCAAUAACUGGAUGAAGAGUGCUCUAAUAGGAGAGUUUGUAGAGAAGGUGCGGCAGAGGACAAGGAACAUUGCAGUGCUGGAUCUGGGUUGUGGAAAAGGUGGAGAUUUACUUAAGUGGCGAAAAGGUGGAAUCAGUAAACUUGUAUGUACAGAUAUAGCAGAUGUCUCCGUCAAGCAGUGUGAAGAACGAUACAAAGACCUGAAAAGAAAAUCGCGAAAUGAGCGGGUUUUUGAAGCAGAGUUUUUGACUGCCGAUUCUACCAAGGAGCUUUUAUCUGAAAAGUACAAUGAUCCAGAGAUCAAGUUUGACAUCUGCAGCUGUCAGUUUGUUUACCAUUACUCGUUUGAGACAUAUGAGCAGGCUGACAUGAUGCUAAGAAAUGCUUGCGAAAGGCUGUGCCCUGGAGGAUUUUUCAUCGGCACAACUCCAGAUGGCUUUGAGCUGGUAAAGCGCCUCGAAGCAUCAGACACUAAUUCUUUUGGCAAUGAUGUGUAUACAGUCAAGUUUGAGAAGAAAGGAAAAUAUCCUCUCUUUGGGUGUAAAUAUGACUUUAGCUUGGAAGAAGUGGUUAAUGUACCUGAAUUUCUGGUGUAUUUUCCAGUGCUAGUAGAAAUGGCUAAGAAAUAUCAGAUGAAACUUAUCUACAAGAAGACCUUUCGGGAAUUUUUUGAAGAAAAGGUUAAGAAUGAUGAACAGAAAAUGCUGCUGAAAAGAAUGAAGGCUUUGGAGCCAUACCCUGCAGCUCCAAAUUUUAAAUUGGUCUCUGGGAGGACGGAAGAUUAUGAGCAUGCACAAAAACUGGUAGAAAACGGCCAGGUCAAGUUACCUUUGGGAACUUUGAGCAAGUCUGAAUGGGAAGCUACAAGUAUAUAUUUGCUGUUUGCAUUCGAAAAACAAGCCUGAAUGAAAAUGGUGUUUGGUGAAUCGGAACUGGAUUUGCAUUUGGAGCGAUUUGAGUUUUUUUUUCUUUCUUUCUUUGUCUUUGUGCAUUCAUGGAGUAAAAAUCCUGGUGCUGGUUAUACUGUAAAUACUUGUCUAUGAGGGGUUACCAGUAAAUGCGGGUACAAGAAGGCAAGUUGCUAGGUAUUUUUUUAUAUAUAUAUUAUAUAGGAAUUCAUAGGAAUAUUUCAUAUACUUAAUGAAAGAGAGCCCUAUUUCUUUGUAUGUAAAAGAUGAAUGUACAUUCUGCCAUUUAGCUUGCCAUUUUCACAUGUGAUAACUUUAGUACUGGGGUGGUAUGGAGUGCCAUCUGGUACGAGCAAAUUAUUAGGUUCUGUGAAUGUUUUGCUGACCUUCAUGUACAUUUCAAAACUGGUAUUUAUAGAAUAAUUUGAGUUUACAGUAAAACAUUUUUAAAACUUUUAAUUUAUACAAUGUAGUUAUUGCAAAAUGGAUUUAUUUUAGCAUCUCCACAAGUUUGCUUUACUGAUCUGCAGUGUAAGUGGGUGCUAAUAAAGAGAAUGUACCUUGGACAUGAUUUACUGGUAAAAUCUGUUGUUCAGCAUGCUAAAUAAAUGCAUUGCCACUCGGA